ACAAGUAAGCACGACAGUCCAACCAUCAUGUCUCGUAGGAGUUUGCGCCUCAUGUCCGGUGGUUACUACCCCCCAGAGGAAGAAUUGGACUCAAGUGGCAUGACAAACAUAUCCUACAAUGAAAAUCCUGUCAAGGUUUUCAAGAAGAAGGCCGGGACCCGCAGAGCCAGUAGUAAUGCUAGUUCACCCAGCCAAGAGUCACCUGUCACUGCAGGCCAGUGCGAUGCCACCCCUCCCUCCACCCGGAGUCAGACGGCCGCAUGCGGCCCCUCGGUGCCUCCAGAGAAGAGCCCUUACCCCGGACACUACAGCCCCAGCAUGCCAGGUUUGCACCUGAGGCCCAACCACAAGGAGCUGAGUCAGAGCGGAGUGGGCAGCUCAGGGUACUCGUCCUCUGAGGGCUUGAGUGAUGCUCCCAGCUCUGGAUACAGAAGCAGAAUCAGCAGUGCCUUCCUUGGUGUGAUGGACUCACUCUCAUUGAUGGCCGUCGCAGCACAGCUGAAAAUAGUGCAUCUGAAAGCUUUAGCUAAAACUUCAUUCAGCAGUUGCAGUAAGAAGGCUUGUGGUCUGUUUCUCCUCCUCCUCCUCCUCGUACUUUUAUGUAUUUGGUUCCUCCUUCCCUUGGUGAACAGUUUCAUCUUGAGUGGCGCAAACACCCUGUCGCAGACAGAACCCGAGAGUCCACCCGUUUUCUCUGCCACCGCUCCUCCACCUCCUCAACCCGACACCGUGCAUCACGAACCUGUGGUGGAUCUAGACGAUGUCUCUGCUGCUGUCGAAGCCAAGAUGCAGCAUAUUUUGCUAAUGCCUCCUCCAGCCCCCUGUCCUGAGAGCAGCACUGCCCCUGUCCACAACCAUCUAACCCCAGAGCUCCAACAGGCCAUGGAGAAGUGGCUCACCGACCGCGUUAAGGAGCAGCACGUACUCAAAGAAAGCGGCGCAGACUUUGGACGUCCCAUGGCGGACAAAAUGGCUGACUUUGCCCUGGAGACUCAAGGUGCCAGGGUGAUAAGUGCCAGGUGUUCGGAGACGUAUCGUAUUCGUUCGGCCUGUGUGACCCUGUUUGGUUUCCCCCUCUGGUAUCCAUAUGAGACCCCACGCACUGUUAUUCGGGGUUACCCGGCGCUGCUCCCAGGCAAAUGUUGGGCGUUUCCCGGUGUCCAGGGAACCCUCUCCAUCUCCCUCUCUCACCCUGUGAGGAUAACUCAUGUGACGCUGGACCACCUGUCGCAGCACAACUCCCCCACUGGCCAAAUCGACUCGGCACCCAAAGACUUUGAGGUCUACGGAAAGGAAAAUGACACAGACGAGGGAACGCUGCUGGGGACGUUUACCUACGAUGAGAACGGCGAGCCGACGCAGACGUUUCAGUUGCCUCAGAGCCCGAGUGACAGGGUUUACAGGUUCGUGGAGCUGCGCGUGCUCAGUAACUGGGGUCACGACGAAUACACGUGUCUUUACCGCUUCCGUGUGCACGGAAAGAUCGCCUCCACGUGAGAUCCCCUGGCCGCAAGAUUAUGGCUCGAUUAAUCAUCGGACAGGACAUUUGUAGUGUACACUUUUCUUUUAAAAGUGCAAUCCUGUGGCUACUGAAACAUGUUUGGUGUUGACGAAGGGCGUCAGCAGCUUUCGCCGUGUUUUGAAAUGCUUCCUGUUAAAGUGACAAUAAUCAUCAGAUGUAAUUUUUUUUUGUGUGCCCACGGUGAAGUGCACACUUGGCUUUGGAUAAAUGGUCAGAAUGAAGUGUAAAAUAUAUUUCUAAAAAUUAAAAAUCGACCUAGUAGAACCAUUUGGGAGCAUAGAGUUAUGGAAACUUAAUGCUUUAGAAUUUUGUUUAAACUCUUGCUGUUGUAAAUAAUUAUUGCAUCAUUAUUGCUGCCCAGUCCCACCAGGGAGGUCCGCCAUAAAAACACGUUUACAUUUUGCCAUUCGUUAAACAGUCCUCGGUGGUACUGUCAGAAAUGAAAGGAGUGGAGUUUCUCUCACUGACUUCACUCACCCACGUUUCCACCGAUGGUCCGAGGAUUUGAACCGACAGCAACUGUUUGCAAUCAUGCACCACGAGGCUUCCCGCCACAAGACAUAAGCGAUGAAUGAUUGGUGAGUUAAUGAUGUCCAUUUUUGGCCACUUUAUACAAUUCAGUCUUGUUUCAAGUGAAAAAAUAAAAGUAAAAAAAAAAAAUAUUAUUUUAAGGCGUUAUAAGAAAUGUCUGAAUUCAGAUCGUGUUUGGAUUGGACUGGCUGGACUCCGUCGCACAGCACACAGAGCCAGAAUACCACAGCUUUAUGACUAUGAUGCCAUGAUUCUGCCCCCAUGGACUCUUUGAUACCCCGUCAACUCUUCAAAAGACUUUUGUUUUUCCCCUGUGAACGUUGUUAUUUAGUUAUGAUUUGAGUCACCUAUUCCCCGGGUCUCUGUUUUAGUUAAGUCACCUUUGUUAUCCCUCUCGUGUUUCAAGCCGAGUUCUGUAUUUCCUGUUUUAUUUUGAAGUCAUUAUCCUCGCGUCUCUUCACUUCCUGUUCCCUGGUGUCUUGUUUUACUUGUCUUCACCUCCCCUGUGGCUCUCGCCCCUGUGAUUGUUUGCCCUGGUUCCUAAUGUGUUCCCCCUGUGUGUUCAAUGAGCCCUGCCUGCCUUGUGUGCGUAUGUAGUCCCUGCGAUUCCCUUUGUCUUUGUCAGUUCGUUUCUGUGAUGUUUCUUUCGGUCCUGUUUGGUCUUCAUGUCUCCAGUGUCAGUGUUCCUGUGAUGUCUUCUGCUUGUUUAUUUUGUACUUUGUUGUUUUGCUCACCCCAUUUGGAUUACCUGAGUUGGACUUUUGCUUCUGUUUCGCUUCUUGGAUUGUACAUUUGGUUUGUGUUCCUCCCUCAAUUAAAAUACUUGUUUUUUUCACUGCA